GUUGUGGCGCUGGGUUGCAGCGCCGGUCGUGGCGGUUUCGGUACCCGAAACCGGGAUCGCGGAGUCGUUCGCUGGGGCGGCGGCCAGGCUAUGAUCGCGGGUCCCCGGCGUCGCUCUCGGGUCAACCAGAAUCCUUGUCUCAGCGUGUGCCUGUGGCCGAGCGGUCUCCUUCACCCGGUCCCACUGCGCGGUUGGCAGCGGCACUCCCGGCGCGCCCCCUCCUCCGAUGGCGGCGGAGAUCCAGCCCAAACCGCUGACCCGCAAACCGAUCCUGCUGCAGCGGGUCGAGGGGUCCCAGGAGGUGGUGAACAUGGCCGUGAUCGUUCCCAAGGAGGAGGGCGUGAUCAGCGUCUCGGAGGACAGGACUGUUCGAGUAUGGUUAAAGAGAGACAGUGGACAGUACUGGCCAAGCAUAUACCACGUGAUGCCUUCUCCAUGUUCAUGCAUGUCUUUUAACCCGGAAACAAGAAGACUGUCCAUAGGUCUAGACAAUGGUACAAUCUCAGAAUUCAUUUUAUCAGAAGAUUAUAACAAGAUGACUCCUGUGAAAAGCUAUCCAGCGCACCAGAGCCGGGUGACGAUGGUCCUGUUCGUCCUGGAGCUGGAGUGGGUGCUGAGCACGGGGCAGGACAAGCAGUUCGCCUGGCACUGCUCCGAGAGCGGCCGCCGCCUGGGCGGCUACCGCACCCGCGCCGGGGCCUCGGGCCUGCAAUUCGAUGUGGAGACCCGGCACGUGUUCCUUGGGGACCACUCGGGCCAAGUCACCAUCCUCAAGCUGGAGCCGGACACCUGCAGCCUGGUCACAGCCUUCAGAGGACACACAGGUGGGGUGACCGCGCUGUGCUGGGACCCUGUCCAGCGGGUGCUGUUCUCGGGCAGCUCCGACCACUCCGUGAUCAUGUGGGACAUCGGCGGGAGAAAGGGGACGGCCAUCGAGCUCCAAGGACACAAUGACAAGAUCCAGGCCCUGUCGUACGCGCAGCACACGCGGCAGCUCAUCUCCUGCGGCAGUGACGGUGGCAUCGUGGUCUGGAACAUGGACGUGGAGAGGCAGGAGACCCCGGAGUGGUUGGACAGCGACUCCUGCCAGAAGUGCGACCAGCCUUUCUUCUGGAACUUCAAGCAGAUGUGGGACAGCAGGAAGAUUGGCCUGAGACAGCACCACUGCCGCAAGUGCGGGAAGGCGGUCUGCGGCAAGUGCAGCUCCAAACGCUCCUCCAUCCCGCUGAUGGGCUUCGAGUUUGAAGUGCGGGUCUGCGACAGCUGCCACGAGGCCAUCACCGACGAGGAGCGAGCGCCCACGGCCACCUUCCACGACAGCAAGCACGGCAUCGUGCACGUGCACUUCGACGCCACCAGGGGCUGGCUGCUGACCGCGGGGACCGACAAGGUUAUUAAGUUGUGGGAUAUGACCCCGGUAGUAGCUUGAUGACAGUCCAGGCGUCAGAAGGAUGGUGUUUGCUCCGGAAUUGGUGGCUGGGACCCGAGGACCCGAGUCAGGACCGAACCGCGACACGGAUGUAGGAGAGGACAGGAACUGGUGAAGUCAGCCGAGUCUGCACACUGCCUGUGCACCGGCAGGGGACUCCUUCAGCUUCUGCACACACUUUAAAGGGAGAUAUUUUUUUAACAAAUGGUUUCUACAGCCUGGCUGUGCUGCAUUGUUUCAAGUGUACGGAAAACUCUUGGUGGGCCGUUUCAUUUUUGUGUUUGUCAAGCCUUCGCUCCAGUUGUCGCUUUGCGCAUGGGAGAAGCGGGGGAAGCGUCUGCUCAGGGCGUUUUGGCGUCCGUGUUUCUCACAGCGCACGGGCCCUUGGGCAGCGGCUGUCCUCUCCAUGCGUCUGUCCGCCCUCCCCUUCGUCUGGGUGCUUCCAGUUUAUCCCAGGGCUUCUGCUUCCGUAGAAAUCCUUCUCAACCGAGAGACUGGAAGAGCCAUCCUUGUAGGUUUACCAACGGACUCCCUAAAUCAUCUGAACAAUGAUCUCUAAUGUCUCACUUACUCUUGUUCCCAUUGAGUCGAAGGGCCUGGUGUCUCUGCCCCAGUUUUCUCUGUCUUUCCCACGUGAAAAAACGCUGUGGGAAAGGUGUUCCCAACCGUUGUUGUCUCGGAAAUAGAUAGAUGACCCGAACUCAGAGCUUCCACAGUCGUUUCUGACUCAGCGGGGGCCUCCCGAGCCUUCCACGUUUUGGUUUUGCUGACACAGCUCUCUCUCUCGCUCAGGAUGAAAGCAAACAAAACCCUAUGUCCCUCAAAAAAAGCUUUUUUAAAAUUAUCUUUCAUUUUUAAAAAAGUUAAUUUUAAAAAAUGAAAUUUAAGACAUCUUUGGAUUUUAACUUAAA